GAACCGGCUCGUUCGCACACGAAACAUCACUAGUCCGACCUGGCACGAAUCGGACGACACACUUUAGAUCCGGAUCAGAGAAUCGCGGUUUGCCAUGUUGUGACGUGUACUUUAGGGGUUUGCGUAUCUUAAAGAUAACGUCAUUCUUCGCUCUACUCGACAUCCGGAUGAACACACACACACUGCAGUGCUGUUUGAUUAUGUAAAGUUUCAUUCCGUCAUUUUAUUUCCCCCUGCUGCAGACCACUGUGGCCUGUGACCGGAGCCUUUGCUGACUGCAUCAUGGUCAACCUCUGCUGUCUCUGCUGCGGUGAAAUCCCUCAACCCCGCCCUCGUCCGUCCGGUCAGUCUGCAGGACCGCCGCGGGAUCCCCGCUCCUCUGCGCAGCAGCAGCAGCAGCAGCCUGUUGGCUCCGGCCCAGACACUGUGGCGCUGCAGGGGGCGAGACAGCGGGGAGCAACCGGGGAGACCUCGAGAACUGAGCAUGUGAAUAAAAAAGGAGUGAGUUUAUAACCUAUCAUCUCCCCACUCUUUGUCACGGACAUGAGAGAAGUGCAGCAGCAGCGGCAGCAGCAGCAGCAGCAGCAGCAUGCUCUCCUCCGACCAGGACUCUGCGGAGGACACGACAGCCAGCGCUCCCAGUGAUGCUGAGGGAGAAGAGGAGCAGCAGGAGCAGGUGCAGGAGCAUCAGGACUCACCGGCUCAGAGGAGUGAUGUCGUGGAGGAGCAGUGUCCAGUGCAGCAGUCCCUGGGUGCUUGUGUCUGCCGGGAGUCCCACUGGCGCUGCCUGCUCCUCUCGCUGCUCAUGUACAGCUGCAUGGGUGCCGUGGCCUGGUGCCAGCUCACUCGGGUCACCAAGAUCAGCUUCAACUCCGCCCUCACCUCCUCCUUCACCGCCUCCUUCACCUCCUCGCUGCGCGGGGGGUCCGGCAUGGGCGUCGCGGGACACUCGAUGAUCUACCACGACAGCCCCUGCUCCGACGGUUACAUCUACAUACCUCUGGCCUUCCUGCUCCUGCUCUACGCUCUGUACAUGGCGGAGUGCUGGCACUGCAGAGCCCGGAGCGAGCUGCAGUUCAAGGCCAACGUGGACGGCGUGUACGAGCGCGUGCUGCGGAUGCAACAAGCCCAGCCCUGCAUAUGGUGGAAGGCCAUCAGCUACCAUUUCGUCCGACGCACUCGCCAGGUCACCCGGUACCGCAAUGGGGACGCCUACACCACCACGCAGGUGUACCACGAGAGGGUGAACACGCACGUGGCGGAGGGAGAGUUCGAUUACAACCACUGUGGCAUGAAAGACGUGUCACGCGACCUGAGGGGCUUGGAGGGACAUCCGGCGACUCGCCUGCGCUUCACCAAGUGUUUCAGCUUCACCGAGGCGGGUCCGGAAAACGACUACCUCAACCAGAGGGCCAGGUUCUUCUCCGAAAUCGAGGGCUUGGACGAUUACAUGGAGGCCAGGGAGGGGAUGCAGCUGAAGAAUGUGGACUUCAGAGAAAACCUGAUCGCCUUUGUAGACCCAGAUAGAAUGCCUUGGUAUAAUUCCCAGGUUGCUUUCUGGCUUGCAGCAUUCUUCAUGCUGUCGUGGCCUCUGAGAGUACUCAUCGAGUACCGCACUGCUUAUGUGCACUACCGCAUAGAGAAACUAUUUGGGUUAGAGUACAGUCAAAGUAGCCCGUCUCCUCUGGAUGAAGUGGGGGCUAAUACUGGCUGUGCUAUUCCGAGAGUAGACACCUUGGACAGCACUGAAAUGGAGUGGCACAUACGCUGCAACCGCCAGGUGAUUCCCAGCUACUCGGAGGCCGUGCUGAUAAACUCGGCCUCGCUACAUGACACUGAAUGCACCACGUCCUCAAACUGCUUCCUGUUGGACAGCGUCCAGGCCGCUCAGAGUUACGGCGCUCUCCAAAGGCAGGAUCAGUGCGAGCAGUGCAGCGAGCUGACCGGUCAAGGGGACGGCGGCGGCGGCGACGGCAGUGGCAGGAGGAGGACGGUCACGAGCUCCAGCUGCUCCUCCAUCUUCUCCUGCCGCGGAGCGCUGUUCCAGUCCCACCUCUCCUCGGACACGUCUCGCCUGUCCCUGUGCCGCAUGUACGGGUCCCACCGCACCGUGGCCCUGUGGAGGAGCCGCAGCAGCAACCUGACGGACCCCUGCUGCGUGGAGGAGCAGUGCUGCAGGUCCGAGUCCAGCCAGCUGGCCCUCAGCGACAGUCCGCCCACCUACAGGGACGCUCGCUUCUUCCCGGUCCUCAUUGUGCAUCAGCCCGAGGGCUGUGGCAGCGAGGACGGGAGGGAAGUGAGGCGUUAUUAUAUACGGAGAGACUCGUCCUGUGUGGACACGUCUCUGUGAAGGACCAAUAGAUACAGUACGUAAUCAUUGGACGGAUGACGCCAGUGAUCAUAAGUGGAGAAAAUUGUCUAUUUUAAAACAAUCCCACUGUAAAGAAGCAGCUGCAGGAUGUCACCUAUGCACCGAGAUGUUCUCGUUGUCUUGUAGCAGCAACAGUGUGUCAUCGACUGUGUGUGUGUGUCAACAUCCCUUUGAUACAUGGCACUGCAUGAUCUGAUUAUUCCCCACGUUUAAUCACAGAUUUAAGUUGUCAGAAAUCAGGGUGAGAGGAAACUUGGCAAAUUCUCAUGUGCGUGUUUAGUUUAUUUGGGGCUUUGAUGGAUGAUUUUUUGCAUGUGACAAAAUCUCUUUUUGUUGGUCUAUCGACAAACGGCAAGAAGAAACCAAAGACAUUAGUUUUCUCCUCUUUGUUAUCAUUUUAUGUGGCGUAGACGACAUGAAGUGAAUGUUUUAAGUGCAGGAAAUAAAGGUGGUUCCAAAGAUCGUUGCAUUUAAGUACCUGUUAUCCGUUUUAAUGUUUUUUUUGUAAAUGAAGGUUAGAGUUAUUGUCACUGAAGAGGAUACGUGAUCUUAUCUGACACAAAGCUGAAAUGUUUUUACCAGUAAACCAUUGUCAAACUCUA